AUGUCCAGCGAUUCUGCCAGCCAGCCGAUAGCCGGCAUUCACACUUUUGACCUGCCAUCCGUGUGGCUCGGUGACAUCGCGUUAUGGCUGCGCACUGUAGAGUCACGAUUCGCCCUCCGUCAGAUCACACGAGAGGAUACCAAAUUUCACUAUGUUGUGGCAGCACUCCCAAUGGACAUCGCCACCGACCUCCGCGACAUCAUAGAUUGCCCGCCCACAGAAGCCCCUUAUACUGCCCUAAAGGAGGCCCUCAUUUCCCGCAUUUCCCUCUCAACGCAAAAACGUCUCCAGGGUUUAAUUUCUGAGGAGGACCUCGGUGACAGGAAGCCUACGCAGCUUCUUAGGCGUUUGGAGCAGUUGGCAGACGGACAAAAGCUGGAUGCCACCAUGUUCAAGCAACUUUUCCUCCAACGGUUGCCCCCUUCUGUGCAAGCCAUCCUUGCGCCUAACAUUCCUUCGUCGACUGUUCAGAUGCUAGCGGAGACUGCUGACCGUAUACUCGAGUACUACCAGCCUCCUGUUACGGUUAACGUCGCCAGUCGAAGCACAACUGCCCCCACAAUCGAGGAUGUCGUCAAACGCCUGGAUGCCCUCACUCUCGAAGUUUCUUAG